CAUUUGUUAGCCGGUGACAAGCGGUCACUGGUGAAAGAUAAACGAGUACAUGUGUCAAUAUUCUUGCCCCACCACGAACCCUGAACUUCGUGAUGCACGACGUUCGGUCAAUCUCCAAAUCUUGCCUGCUGGGCAACGAGUGGAUAUCCUUCGUAACGUGAUCAACGAACUCACGACUCCCAUGUCACCACGUAGGUGCAGACCAUCCGCCAAAGACGCCAUCGCCAGACCAGUAAACGCGCCAUCGGCUCCUGACGACCCCUGUACAGCGGCGGCAUUACCACCGCCUCUCGCUGAAGCAGCGAAAGUGGGUGACGACGUCCGCGAAGCCGCUGUACACGUGUCGGUUGCGGUCGACUCACAUCCGCGGCGUUCGAACGCAUCGCUGCCGAAGAUGCAGUACGUCCACCGCCGGAGGUCAAAGGCUUCCAGGAAUCAGGACGAGGACGAUUGGAACAAAGUGACCAUCAUGGAGACCUUCUCGCCUCCUAUGUCUCGCCUGGAUGGUGUGAAGACUACCUUGGCCACGUCGGCUCAGUGGUCUUUCUUCCCAAUGAACGUGACUUUCGAGACCGAGCCGGAGAGCGCUCAGGAACGCUACAUGCAGACAGUAGUUCUGAUCACAAUGGCGGUAACCUUCGUACUGCUUGUAGUCCUGGUGACGCUGAUGGUGUACAAAAGGCGUUCUGAGCCACUUGGCAUCUGCAACACGUCCGAGUGCAUCGAACUGCACGAGUUCCUUUCACGGCUGCUCAACAGCAGCGAGGACAUCUGCAGCGACUUCUACGGUCGCGUCUGCAACUCAUGGCUAGGCGGUGGGCACAGCUCCUUCAAAGACAGCAAGGCGGUAUUCGUCGCCACAAUUAACGAGCGCCUGAUGCUACAGCACAACGGACAUGGAAUAGUGCCCGGCGUCAACGCCAGAGCCCUUGAAGGCACACACGUGAUGCAGCGGCUCUACCAGAGCUGCCACCGCUAUGCCUCAGAGAAGUCGACAGCCGCGACAUUCACGGAGACGCUCGAGUCGGCGCGUAAGGACCUGAACUGGGCACAGAUACGAGAGGCGCACAGCUACCGCGAGCUGAUCACGCUCCUUGUGCGUACAUCGCUGCUGGCUGGCUUCCAUACUGUCUUCGCUCUCGAGCUCUUCGACGAGAGAGGAAAGGUGGUGGUGCGGCUGUCCGCUGGAAGGUCUCUGCUUUGCAAGCUAACCCUGUUCUCUCGCCGGAAGCAGCUUGAGUUCAUUCUGGAACGCAUCACAGAGGACGUCAACGAAGCGCAGGAGGUUGCAAAGCUCGACCCAAUCGUUCAUGGCCAGCUCGGCUGCGAAGACGCCGGGGCAUUGGAAGACGAACCCGAGCAACUGGAUGAACUGCUUGAACACAUGGUGCCUGACGUUGCUGCGACUGACUGGGUCUACGCCUUGAAUGCCGUACUCGCCUCGACCAGGAACAGCGUACGCGCGUCGGACACCGCCUUAUCAUCGGGAGUAGACCGCGUUCAAGGCGCGUUCGAAGUGAUAAGCGACCACGUGAACGUUACAACUGCUGCGUUGUAUCUGUCGUCGCACGUGGACGCCGAGAUACUGUUUCUAGAUCUGUCCCGAGAACACGCCGCAGCCGACAGUCCAACGGCGACUCAAUUCUGCGUCUCUGUAGUUCGGCGAUGUCUGCCAUACGCCUGGCCCCUUCUCGAGGCGAGAGCACUGGACUUGGAGCGAGAUCCAUUGGUUCUCCGGGCGAUGUACCACAAGCUGAAGGAGGCGUCCCGAAGGGCCAUCGUGUUCACGUGGCUCCCCGAGGCGACCGUCGCCACCGCCGCUAAACAGAUCGACCGGGCGGCGCUUAUCCUGGUCGCUGAUGAUUUGCAUGAAAACGCGGGAGGUGAUGUGGACUACGCGUGGCUGGCUUCGCAGCUGGAAGUGACCGACAGUGCGGACUUCGUGCGCCUCUUUGUGCGCUUUCUAAUGCACGAGCACGAACGUCGCCUGUGGCGUCCGCCAACGCGGAUCCAGCUGAUUGAGAUGCAGCACGAGCAGCGCUCUCAGAUGACGUACGUGGCCGCUCUGGCCGCCGUGGUGGUACCCACGGUGUUCCAAUCGCCGCCGAUGCUGUACUCGACAAGCGUGCCCACCUACUUCAACUACGGCACCGUGGGCACCUUGCUUGCCGCGAGCAUUGUGGAGAUCAUCUUGCCCGCAGCCGUAUAUCAUCCGCACCACUCACAGGGCGGGUCGCAUCGUAACCACGACGGCAGCAGUGGACUGUGGACGCCUGCAGCUCAGCGUAAAUACAACGAGAGCACCAGAUGCCUGUGGCGUUUGUACUGGCGUCUGGGCCUGCAGCGUCGUCAACUGGGCGGUAUCAACGAGCAGCAGCAGAGGGCAAUGUUUCUGCGCACACUCGGCCUACGACUGGCGUACGACAGCCUGAAGACACUAUUCCGUGAAGCGGUGGCAGAGCAUGUAGAGCGAGACGGCUUCAGCGACCUCUGGCCGCUGGCUGAGGUGGCAUUCUUCGCUCGCUCCUGUCUGCUUUCGUGCGACGCCGGGCAUCGGUCCAACCCGCUUUCGCCCCGAGCCAACUGUCUGAUUCCGCUGCACAACAUGCCAGAGUUCAGGACUGCCUUCAACUGCAGCGCACAACCAAAUUUUGUCUGGGACAACUGCUUGCUUUAG